AGGCUUCACAGCCAUGAAGAUCUCCUCCUGCGUACUAUGUGAGCAGUAAUUAACGCGCUCCGCAAGUCAGUGAAGUCUGCCUGCGUCCUUGAUUCUUCUGCUGCUACCUCAAGCUCAAUUGUAUUGGAUAUUUUAUUGAAAAUUUAAUGCCCCCCAUUUUUUAGCUCCCCCCCCCCCCAGCUAUCACCUGUGUUUCUUGCUACUGCCCGGUGCUUUCUAUGUAAUUGCCAUUGUUAUACAGUUCCAAGCUCCAAUUUUUAUGGUGGAAAAACACACAGUCACACACUCGGUGAAUUCACUUUAUUGGCUACAGUUGCUCUAAAGUCGUCAAAGACUGCCUUUUUUCUAUUUUAACCAAAAUUUGUGCUUUUUGCUUUUUCAAUUGACUUGGGAGAAGAUCAUUUCCACAUAUAAUCACAACCCUUUAUCAAUUUCCUUCCCAUUUCAAAAGGGAUUCUCCAAAAUUUGUUGUUAUGCUUCCAAUUCUUCUCUAACCCAUUUUUCUACUUUUCGAGCAGCAGGAGAAAAAAGAGAAAAAUCAGGUGGUUGUGGCUGGUGGUGGAGGCCACAUGCACGGCUUAAGCCGGCUGGGUAGCGGCGUGAAUUCUACGCCUUCUACUUCUUCGUCUUCUUCUGUUUCGCCGCCGUCUUCGCCGCGGAACCGCCGCAGCAGGAACAAUAAGAAUUCUAUUAUUACAAUCGGAGGUGGCGGUGGAGAUGGAGGAAGCAGGAGUUUCCUCCGCGGUGGAGGAUUUGGGGAAAUGAAGCUGCAGAAUUUAGUGGAAAGGUUGGGUUUUGCGGUGAUUUCAACGGUUUAUAGGCGGAGAGGGGUGUUACUAUUGGCACCAUUGUUGUAUAUAUCGGUAAUGUUGUUGUAUAUGGGUACCGUAGGAUUUGAUUCUGUUGUUAGUAGAAAUGGUGGAAAUGGAGAUGACCUGACGCGGCCGGGAUCUCUAUACAGAAGCCCUCAGGUAUUCGAGAAGCUUUGGCCGUUUAUGGAGGCCGAGGGCAACGGAAGCUCCUCUAAUUUGAUAAUGAAUGUUUGGACUUUAAAGCCACGUCAAAGUUGGAAGCCUUGUAUUCACCAGACUGCUUCUCAUGCAGAGUUGCCCAAGUCAAAUGGUUUCCUCAUAAUUGAAGCAAAUGGUGGAUUGAACCAACAAAGAUUGUCGAUAUGUGAUGCAGUGGCGGUAGCAGGAUUGUUAAAUGCCACUCUUGUUAUUCCAAUGUUUCAUUUCAAUAGUGUUUGGCGAGAUUCUAGCAAGUUUGGAGACAUAUUUGAUGAGGAUUUCUUCAUAUACGCCCUAAGAAAUCGUGUAGAGAUUGUUAGAGAGCUUCCAGAAGCUGUACUUCAGCAUUUUGAUCAUAAUAUAAGCAAUAUUGUCAAUCUGAGGUUAAAAGCAUGGUCAAGUCCAACCUACUAUCUGCAGAAGGUUGUACCAAAGAUAGUUGAGUUGGGGGCCGUUCGGGUAGCACCUUUCUCUAACAGAUUGGCCCAUGCAGUUCCUCCAAAUAUCCAAGGACUUCGAUGCUUGUCAAAUUUUGAAGCACUUAGGUUUUCAGAAUCAAUACGUAUGCUAGCUGCAAAAAUGGUUGAUAGGAUGGUUAAAAAUAGCUCGAAAAGCGGGGGGAAGUAUAUUUCAGUCCAUCUGCGAUUUGAAGAGGAUAUGGUUGCAUUUUCAUGUUGUGUAUAUGAUGGUGGCGAGGAAGAAAAGAGAGAGAUGGAUAUUGCGCGUGAAAGAAGCUGGCGAGGAAAAUUUCGUAGAAGGGGGAGAAUAAUAAGGCCUGGCGCAAAUAGGCGGGAUGGGAAGUGUCCUUUAACUCCACUUGAGGUGGGGAUGAUGCUUCAUGGAAUGGGCUUUGACAAUAACACCUUCAUAUAUGUUGCAGCUGGAAAAAUCUAUCAAGCUGAAAAGUAUAUGGCCCCACUUAAACAAAUGUUUCCUCAUCUAGAGACAAAGGAUACACUAGCCUCUCCUGAAGAACUAGCUCCUUUCAAGGGGCAUUCAUCUAGGUUGGCUGCUCUAGAUUAUACGGUUUGCCUGCACAGUGAAGUGUUUGUCUCAACUCAGGGUGGUAACUUUCCACAUUUCUUGGUUGGUCAUAGACGAUAUCUCUAUGAAGGACAUGCUAAGACAAUUAAACCGGACAAAAGAAAGUUAGCUUUAUUGUUUGAUAACCCCAACAUCAGAUGGAAAGACUUUAAACGGCAGUUGCAAGAUAUGCUCAGACAUAGUGAUGUGAAGGGGGUUGAAACUAGAAAGCCCAGUGGCUCGCUGUAUACAUACCCAAUGCCAGAUUGCAUGUGUAAACAUGCAGAUGGUAGAAAUGACAACGGUAACACAACAGGAUUAUCAUAAUUUUUUACUAUUUUAUGUAACCUAGGUUUUCAGAAAUUGCUAUACCUGUAGAUUGUAAUAGCUUUCUACUAAGUUCUGCGAAACUGUAAUCAUUCUUUUACCAGUUGCCUUGUAGCUGUUAUAAUUUUGAGGUCUGGACUCAAUAUAGGUUCAUAUACGGUGCUCCAAAAGUAUACCCUGUUCACACAUAUGAUUGUACAAUAAAUUGUAGUUAAACUGAUUCUUUAUAAUAUAGUUAAUAAAUGUUGUUAUCUCUCUUA